CUCCCCUUACAUACGACUUCUUCGCAUGACGCUUGGCGAAACCCAAGGUCCGCUGUCUGAAGAGUGGGGGGUUCCUUUGUUGACCCGAGAGACGUUGUAUAAGACCAAUUUACGAAGUCGCUCUUCAAUGCCUCAUGGGUCACACACCUCAGUCUCUUCCUCAACUCCAUAAUCCUCUCCCGCAUAAAUCCACUCGUCAUCCCCCCCUUCUCCUCCCCAAAACUGCACGAAAUCCCCCCCCGCACAAAACCCUUCCUCAUACCGCCAAAUCAAACAACUUUCCCACCCCUAUGUACAUGUACAUUCACUUCUUCUCUGGGGAGCUCAAGUCCUUCUUCUCACCAGACACCCUAGUCAUACUGAUCUCGCCUCCACGAGAACAUGCAGCGUAGACAACAUGCCCACACGGUUGGAGAUUCCCUGGAUUCAGCCCAACGGGAUGUGCUAUCUGUGGGUUCGAAUGAGUGUCCGGCCUACACCCAUAAUGUCACAAAAAAGCCCAGGAAGACAGGAGAGAGGCAAGACGUACUCUUGGCCCUUUUCCUUCAAUUCUCCCGAAGACAUGGAGCUCGUCUGGCAGUGAAUGCUAUCG